UUUCUUUUUUUAAAGGAUGUAACACUCUUGGAUGCAUUUUUAUUUUUUAAAACAUUUUGAUGAUUAAUUCAAACGUCCACAUUUUAGGGUUUUAAAAAAAUGCUACGUUAUUUUCGCUCUUUUUUAAAAAAAAUCCACCCUAUGUUAUAGAAAUUCCUUUUUUCCCAAUCCCCCCAAAAACCUUCUUUGAUGGAAUCUGUGGAUAUGUUAUUACUAAGGAAAUAGUGUUUUUUUUUUAAUCUUGUGCCUUGGUUUUGCAACAAAAAUUUUUUUUGGGGGGGUGGGGAAGACCUUUAUUCUUUCUUUUUCUUUUUUAUUUAAAACAGUCAUCCUCGUCUGAAACCAAAUGUGAUCUAAAGGUUUUGCAAUCGCUUUGACAGACCGGCAACGCGAGAAGAUCUGUUAUUCCCUUAUCUGCUUGGGGGGCAUGUUUUCUGCAAUUCUUCUGUUACACUGAACAUUGAAUCCCCCCCCCCCCCCCUCUUUCAGUUUAUAUUUUUCCCAGUUCCUAUAUAAAGGUGGAAAAUAAGAUUUUCAGUGGAUUUUUGAAGGAUUUGAGAGAGACAGAGGAAACCCCCCAACCCUUUAAGAGACUGGCAUAUGUUACAGAUUGCUUUGGCUCUUCCACAACCACCACCACCCACCCUCCUCCCCACUCCAUCCCUAUCAUUUCAGGCUGCUUGUGUUUGCUGCCUGGACUCGGAUCCCGGAUUCUUCAUGAUUUGCGGACGACAUGCUCGUUUUUUAGCCGGGAAACCUUCUUCUCGUCCCGCAUGUUCAGGACCAAACGAUCGGUGCUCGUCCGGCGACUCUGGAGGAGCCGUGCGCCCGGCGGCGGGGAGGAGGAGGAAGGUGAGCCCGGUGAAACAGCAGCGGACAGCCGGGCGCAUGGGGCUGGAGGCGGCCGGGGCUGCUGCAUGGGCAAGUCGGGGAAGAUCACCAAGGCUCACCUCGGCUCGGAGGCGGAAUUGAAAGCGCUGACCCACGCGGUCCUGAAGAGGCUGAAGGAGAAACAACUGGAGGUGCUCUUGCAAGCGGUGGAGUCCAAAGGGGGCGCGCGGACCGCCUGCCUCCUCUUGCCCGGCAAGGUGGACUCCAAGCUGGGUCAGCAUUGGUACUCUCUCCCUUUGCUGCUGUGUAAAGUAUUCAGGUGGCCCGAUCUCAGGCAUUGCUCGGAAGUGAAGAGGUUAUGUUGCUGUGAAUCUUAUGGGAAAACUCACCCGGAGCUGGUCUGCUGCAAUCCCCACCACCUCAGCAGGCUCUGUGAACUAGAGUCUCCCCCUCCACCCUACUCCAGAUAUCCAAUGGAUUUUCUCAAACCAACUGCAGAUUGUCCAGACUCUGUGCCUUCCUCCACUGAAACAGGGGGAACUAAUUGUCUAGCCCCUGGGGGGCUUUCAGAUUCCCAAGUUCUUCAGGGGCCGGGGGAUCGGUCACACUGGUGCGUGGUGGCAUACUGGGAAGAAAAAACGCGUGUGGGCCGGCUGUAUUCUGUCCAAGAGCCCUCCCUGGAUAUCUUCUAUGAUCUACCUCAGGGGAACGGCUUCUGCCUCGGACAGCUCAAUUCAGACAACAAAAGCCAGCUGGUGCAGAAAGUCCGCAGCAAAAUUGGCUAUGGCAUCCAGCUGACUAAGGAAGUGGACGGCGUGUGGGUAUACAACCGCAGUAGUUACCCUAUCUUUAUCAAGUCGGCCACACUGGACAACCCCGACUCCAGGACGUUGCUGGUUCACAAAGUUUUCCCAGGAUUUUCCAUCAAGGCUUUUGACUAUGAGAAGGCAUACAGCUUACAGAGGCCUAACGACCAUGAGUUCAUGCAGCAGCCAUGGACCGGAUUUACUGUUCAGAUCAGCUUUGUGAAAGGCUGGGGCCAGUGCUACACAAGACAGUUUAUCAGCAGUUGCCCAUGCUGGUUGGAGGUUAUUUUUAAUAACCGAUGACUUGAGACAGAGUGGACUCAUGACAUUAUAACUACUUUGCUGCUAAUAUUUCCUUCUGAGUGCUUGCUUUUCAUGCAAACUUUUUUGUUUGUUUGUUUGUUUUUGUGUUUUGUGUUUUUUCCCCCCCUCCCCUGUUUUGAGAAAUAGCUUAUGGAAAGAUUUUUGCCUUGGUAUUUUGAUAAAUAUAUAUUUUUUUUAAUGUGUGAAUGACCAAUAACUCAGAAGGGGGAGGAGAAGGUGUGGGAGGGGAUUACAUAAAAUAAUCAUUUAAUGCCUCUGAAAUUAUUACCCCAAGCGAUUGGUGGAAUUCAGUCACACGCUGUUUGUUACAGCUCCCUCAUAAAAAGGGUUUAUACAUAUGUUUUUGACACACCAGAGGUCUUCUGCUGCCAGACGUCUCGUCGUCCCCCUGGUCCUGCUGAGUGCGCACACACACUGGGCUGUCUUGCUGCAGCUUCUGCCUAGAGCCGUGGCACAUUCCCGCUGCUACUUGUUGAAGCUCAGCACCUUCACUCCUGUGAUGGUAAGCCAAGUUCCCCCUCAGUGGCGACCACCCUGCAUUGUCCCUGACAGAACAAAUGUAUGUGCCGGUGCACCCAGGAGGCAUCAGGAGCCAACGCAGCAAAGUGAAACCGUAUCGUUCAGUUCUUUGCUCCUUUUUUUCCCCCCUUCUUCUUCUUCUUUCACGUAUGCUUGUUGCUUUAUUUAAAGAUCACGUCUUGUCACUGUUAUGCCAACAGUCCAUGGUGGCAGCAUGGGUUUUGGAAGACGCAUGCCCACACUUUGAGUGCUUUUAUUGUUUUAUUGAUACUAUGAGGAAAAAAAACAUGCAUGGCCCAUGCUUUUCAAUUUGAGCUGAGAUGCAACCUUGGUGAGAAAACAUAAGCCUACAAAAGGAAAGCAAACAAACAACAAAAAAAUGCGGGGGGUGGGGAAUGUAUUCAUGAUCUUUGGUCCAUCGUAACCUGCCGUGAUCAGGUUAGAGCGGUACCCGUCGUAUCCAGAAAUGCAGUCGCUCUUUCAUUUCUUCUUGAAUUCAUACGCUAGUAUGAUACUUUUACACUGUUCUUAGCUCAAUGAGCAUGUUUAGACCUUAACAUAAGCUAUUUUUCUAAAUAUAAAGGUUUAAAUGAACAAGAGAAGCAUUCUCAUUGGAACUUUAGCAUUGUAGUGCUUUGGAAAUAAAACAAAAGAAAAUGAAAAAAAAAAAAAGGACUCCUUCAAAAAAAACCCUUGAGAUUUAUUAAAGAAAAA